AUGGAGGCGCUCAAGGCAGUCUUCUUCGGACCAGAUCCACAAGUCCAGAUGCGGAAAUGCAACCAACUCAUUAGAUCAAACACUCGACAGCUUGACCGUGACAUUGCAAAUCUAAAAACUCUUGAAAGCAAAACCCGACAAUUGAUCGUCAGUGCCUCUCGACGAGCUCAGAGGAAUCCCUCCCAGGCCAAACAGGCCACCGCGGAAACCAAGACAUACGCACGAGAAUUAUUACGCAUCCGAAAACAAAACACACGUCUGAAUACGAGUCGAGCCCAAUUACAAAGUGUGCAGAUGCAGGUGAACGAGGCAUUUUCGGUGCGGAAGAUACAAGGAAGUCUCCAGAAAUCGGCCGGUAUCAUGAAGGACGUGAACACGCUCGUGCGUAUGCCAGAGCUCAAUGCGACAAUGCGGCAAUUGUCCACGGAGCUCGUGCGCGCUGGUAUUAUUGAGGAAGUGGUGGAUGAUGCGCUACCCAACGAUGAGCUAUUAGAAGAUGAACUUGACGAAGUAGAAUCGGAAGUCGAUAAGAUCCUACAGGAAGUCCUGCAGGGCAAACUGUCGAAAGUCGAACCUAUUCGACCAGAAAUACCUGUGGAAGAAACACCUACUGCCGAGGAAGAAUUUGACGACCAGGAAGCUACUCUUGAACAGAUGCGAGGCCGUCUGGAGGCUCUGAAGAGCUGA